AUUCGAGGAGAUAACAAUACUUGUUUUUUGAUUUGACAUCAUCCUUCGAAAAGAAACAUAUCGAUUCGAGAUGUUGUGCAGCAAUCAAUUAUCUCACAGCCAAGAUUCAUUAGUGCCAAAGCGAAAAAGAAAGAAGGAAAAUGUCAGCGGAGAAAAUUUAGAGGACGAAAUGGCCAAGAGAAGAUUAAUAAGUCCGUUAAGAAAUUUAUCCUUAUCCCCUAUUUCAAGAACGGAAAGAAAAGUUUCAACUGGAACUUUCAGGAGACAAGGGCAAUUGCAACUGAAUAUCCAAGUACAACAUGGGCGUUUAACUAUACACAUUAUCAGUGCUCUCGACCUACACUCUCGUAACGACACAAGAACAAGAUGCUCAUCUUAUGUCAAGCUUUGCUUAGCCCCAGACCAAGAUAAGCAAACAAGAUGUCGAACAGAGGUUAUUUACAAUUCUAACAAUCCGACUUGGGACGAAAAAUUUUCAUUCGAUCUGUACGAAGAAGACGUUCGAAAACGUUUAUUUAUAGCCGUUUGGAACAAAGAUGAAAUGGGAUGCAUCCCCGAAUUGUUAGGAUGCAUGUCUUUCGGCAUGGAACGAUUAACUUCUACAAAGGCUGCCACAUCCGGCUGGUACCACUUGUUAUCCGAACAAGUAGGAAAGAGGAAGCAUUUGCAAGCCAAAAUGAAUAAAAGACCUCCUCCCGUCCUGCCAAAAAUUAAUCAGGGAUUGCAAUUCGCCGAAACGCACACAUUCACAAUUAAACACGGUGGAAAAGGCUACGGUUUCUCUGUCGCGGGCUAUUGUCCAGUAUACAUUAGCAAAAUAGAGAAAGGUUCUCCGGCACAUCUGGCUGGUUUACAAGAUGAAGAUUUGAUUGUACGAGUGAACAGCGUGAACGUCUCGAGGUCGUCCGCUCAGAGCAUUGCGAAAAUCAUACGAGCGAACAAGGGUUACAUUCACCUCGAAGUGCAAAGACCACCGCCUCAAGAUAAUAAUGCGCACGGACUGAGUUCGACGGUGCUAGAGGCUAAAGACGACUUUUAUAUCGACCAUCCCCCGCCAUAUACCGAAGCAAAAGAAAACUAUCACCACUACGCCACAUGGAACAGACGAACAAACGCCGCUUAUCAUCGGCCUUCAUCUUUCGAAUGCCUAGACGAGUUUCCUGAAGAUAAUUUAUACGAUAUUCCAUAUUGGAAAGGUGCCAAAGACGAUUCGUUCUUAGACGUUCAACGAAAGAGAGACGCACGCAUUCAAGCCAUGAGAAAUUUUAGAGACGAUGCAUCAGCCGUCAAAACGCCCAAGAAGCCUACAUGUGGUUUUUCAUCCUUAGCAAGAAAGAAAAAAAGUCAUCGUUAAAUUUCAAUUUUUAUUUAAAAAAUUUCUUCAAAUUUAUAUAGCCUUGUAAAUUUAUACAGUAUAUAUCAAUAUAUGCGUAUUUAUAUAGUCGUAACAGUUUUUCCAAAAAUAUUUGUAUGUUGAAAAAAAAUGGUGCUUCUUUGCUCUAAUAAAUAAGAGUCGGCAUAUGUUGAGAAACAACUUUUGUUUGUUCUGAUAGUCUUACAUCAUGUAUAUGUAAACAGGAAACGGAAAUGAGAUAGCCACUUGAAUGAAAUGACACGCGCAGUUUCUAGUGCUAUUUUCUGUGUCUUUCUGCAAACAUAUUCGUAUGCUAUGAAACGAACGGGUUUUAUCUGGUUCAUUGAAGAAAAGGUGGUAAUUACUUAAGAACGCUUCGAUAAACGAAUUUCAUACGCACGACAAACGCCGCGUUGAAAUCUCCAUUAAAAACAUGAAUUUUUGAUUAUUUGUGGAAUAAUUUGACACUAGACCCCCCGCUGUAAAUAUAUAUCUAUAGAUGUUUACUUUAUAUUUUCUAGCGAUGGCUGGCCAAUUAUGAAGAACGUUAUUGCUCCAAGCAGAGAUUUUUAUCGUUUUUAAAUGUGGCCUAUUUUAAAUACAUUUACCAUUAGGUAGACCACUGUAUAUUAUAACAAGGUUAAACGGAAGUGAACCAUGCGUAUAGCGUUUUCGGGUAUACAUUUACGUGCCAAACGCCCCUGGGGUGAGCAAACUGGGUCGUGCGUCAAAUUUAAACUUGACAAACAGCUGUGCAAACGGCUAACGGCCGUCUUUGAUAAGGAAUCCCCUAUCUGAUAAAAGUUGUUUAUUUGACCAUAUGAAGAUAAAAUAAGGCUUUUGUUGAGAAAGUUUGGAAACACGUACUAAGAUUAGCCGGUUGGCUAAUACAUAAUCUACUUUAAUUUAGGAUGGCUUAGGGAUCCUGCUGUUUUCCGCCUAAUUAAAAGCUUUAAGACUUUCCCAUAGUGUGUGAAACUUCUUUCGCGCCAAAACUGUAUGGACAUCAUCUGGUGCCAACAUUACUCUGUUUAACGUCAUACCGGACCAGGGUACCACAUCUCUUAGAGAGGCAGAUGCUUGGGAAAAAUCCCUUUCCAAAAUGGUUCCUGAUAAUGAAAGAAAAAUCAACAUUUCUGGUCUUUUUUUUACUUUGUCAUUCUUUGUAUGAAACGCCGUAUGCGUUGUUCCUGGAACGUUUUCAUAGAAGUGAUUCAAGCGACGCCCUUUGUUCACCGACUUAACAAAGACCUUUGUUUAGAUUGUGGUUUGAAUUUUAUAUUCAACAGCGGCAUAUCUUCACAAGAUUUUGAAUAGUAAGUACUUGAAUUCUGAUAAAUAAUGUCUUAUCAACCAACGAGUUUUUGUCACUCUAUCGUCCGUAGUAUGUUACACCUACUGCGUUAUUUAUUGUUUACUAUGGAAAGUCAAGCUGUUUAGCAGAAUAAGAAUCGUAUUUCAUUGGGCAUAAAAAGUUCUUAGUUGUUAAGUCGUAUUUUAAAAGAAUGUAUUGUCGUUCUUAGUAAGGGUCGAGUCUAAAAAAUCAUGCACUUUCGGUAUUAAUCCAACACCUGCGUCCGAUUGGCUUUUUAAUUGAAUCUAACGUGUCUUUGGUUGAAAUUAGUUGACGCACAUGGAGGAAGUCAACUGUCUUGUCAACGGAUAUUCGUGACGAGACCAGUAUUCUACGCCUUAAUAAUGAUGAUAUAUGAAAGUGGUGUAGAAUGGUAUUAUUGGAGGGGUUGAUAACCUGCUUGGUAGUGCCAAUUUAUAUAUGACCACCGUUAAGGCGUUGAGAAUAUGUCUAUUUGGAUGAUGAUGAAAAAUAUCAUCGAAAACGAUUGAAUGAUGAUGCUUUGACACGCGACUGGGGUGCGUCCGAUUUCUACUCGAAUGGACAGAACAAGUCAUUCUUUUUGACGGGUCGUGUCACUAAUUCCGAGCUUUUAAAAGUCGAUGACUGCUCCUUAUCUGCAGCCAAGUAUUUACUGUCAGCACGUCAGUUUCGUUAGACUCAUCUCAUUCAAGAAAAUUCAAUUUUUGAAAGAGUAGAUUUUGGCACGUUCUUUGUUUUUAUGAAACUCAAUUCUCAUCUUACUUUCGUUGCUUUGAAGGUAUCGAGUGCCCAUAUCAGAUUACUUUUAUGUUGUUUUUCUAAGACGAAAGUUUUUCCUUAUUGUUUUUUUGCCCAUAAAAUCUGUCUUCGUUUUACAAAUUGGUUAGAUUAAUUAAAAAGAUUGUAUGAAGAUGG